AUGGCUCGGACGUUGCCUCCGGAGGAGGGAAGUUUUCCACAGGCGUGGGAAAGAAGCCUCUCACCCAGUGGAGCUGCAGGUUCAGAGCCCUUGUUAGAAGCAGUGCUGCGGGAGAAUCGUCAGCUGAGGGAACAGAAGGAAGCCAAAGGAGCAGAAUUGGUGAAGGCAUUGAGAUUGCAGCAACAGCUGGAGAGGUCCUGUGCCGAGGUCCAAGAGGAGCGGCAGACAAUGCAGGGAGAGGUCCAGGUGCUGCAGCACCGAGUCGCUGAGAUGGAUGCGGCUCUGAAGGAAGAGAGGAGGCAGAAGGACGAGGCGCAGCAGGCGAUGGCCUCCCUGGAGGAGCACUUGAAGGAGGCGGAAGCCCAACAGAGGCAGCUGGAGAGACGCCUGGAGGAAGAGAAGCAACACCGGAACGACUCUGAGGAGACGCUUCGCCUGGCGGAGUCCAAGAUCGCCUCGGCCGAGCGCUUCGCCAAGGCGAGCAGUGAGAAGGCCAAAGAAGCUGAGCUGAGUUGCCGCGCCAGAGCGGAGAAGGAGGCCAUGGAAUGCCGGCUGAAGUAUGCUGAGCUCGGCGCGGCCCGGCAGAAAGAGAUGCAGGCGGCGCUCUUGGAACUCCAAUCCUUAGCCAGGGGCCAGGAGCUGCUGAGAGCUGAACUCAGCCGUGCUCUUCGACCGUUGCCGCCAAAGCCAAUGGGAAGUUAUCUUGCGCCACCCCUUCGUCCUUUGCCGAGCAGUGUGGCUUAUGGAUCAAGCCCUUUGCGGCAGGCGGCGCAGGUGACCAGGUCACCGAGCUUCCAGUCCCCGAGUACGGAGGAGCUGCGACGGAGUCUGCCCUUCGAACCAGUUUCUCGAAGCUACCUGUCGCCCGACCUGGGCAGUGAGCACAUGACAUCGUCACCUGUGCCGCCCAAUGUCCCUGACGCUUCCUUGCGGUCCACCCUGCGGCCCACGGCGUCUUGA